AUGUGGUCAAACGGUGUCUGGAGAACGGUGUUAUCACUGCUGCUUUUCUGCCAAUAUGGACUGUCGAUCGAUAUCGAGAUUGGCAAUGAUGCUAGCAUCAAGAAAGCCGCAAGCAGCCUUGCCCGCGGACUCGUACGAUUCUACACUGGCAAUGCAACAGGCAUGAUUCCCGGCCUUCUUCCCGACCCAUACUUUUGGUGGGAAGCGGGCGCAAUGUUUAUGACUCUGGUCGAAUACUGGUCUCUAACCGGGGACACCACUUAUAACAAUAUCACGACCGAAGCACUGCUGCAUCAAAUUGGCGACAAUGAUUACCUACCCUCCAAUCAAUCCCGUACCGAAGGUAACGACGACCAAGCCUUCUGGGCCUUCGCGGUCCUCGAUGCAGCCGAAUAUAACUACCCCAACCCACCACCAGACAAGCCAUCCUGGCUCGCACUCGCUCAAUCAGUCUUCAACCAGCAGGCGUCGAGAUGGGACACCCAGCAUUGCGGAGGCGGUCUCCGCUGGCAGAUCUUCACAUGGAACAACGGAUACAACUACAAGAACACGAUAUCGAACAGCUGUUUCUUUCAGAUGGGUGCGCGGCUGGCGCGCUACACGGGGAACCAGACAUAUGCGGAAUUGGCGGAGAAGGCAUUCGAUUGGCUACUGGAUAUCAAAAUGAUCGAUGAUGAGUAUCGGGUGUACGAUGGCGGCGAUGUCGAGGACAAUUGUACCAAUCCAACCAUUUUGGAAUGGACGUAUAAUUACGGUAAUCUGAUUGCCGGGAGUGCAUAUUUGUAUAAUUUCACCAACGGCUCCGACGUCUGGGGAAACCACCUGACCAAACUCCUCGACGCCGUCGAAGUCAUGUAUCCCGAAGAAUACGGCGGCAAGAUCCUCGUCGAAAUGGCUUGCGAACCAGCCGAGACAUGCAACGUCGACCAACCCUCCUUCAAAGCGUAUUUCUCCCGCUGGCUCGCGAUCGCGAGCCAACUCGCCCCUUUCACUCGAGACCGCAUCAGGCCGUUGAUGGAAACGUCCGCGCAGGGGGCCGCGGGCCAAUGUACCGGCGGCCCACAGGGCGAGUGGUGUGGUCGCAAAUGGUACGAGAAAGUCUUCGACGGGCUCAAUGGUGUGGGCGAGCAAAUGAGCGCCCUGAGUGUGAUUCAGAAUCUGUUGAUAGACAGCACGCGUGCGCCGUUCACGGCAAACACGGGGGGUAACAGUACCGGAGAUCCAGGGGCCGGAUCCGGUGGAAGCGGGGGAGGAGGUGGAAGCACUUCGAAUUUGCUUACUAGGCCGAUGACGAGUGCAGAUAAGGGUGGCGCAUGGUUUUUGAUGGUAUUGAUAAUGGUACUCUGGUCGCUGGCAGGUUGGUUCAUGCUUUCUUAA